CGCCCCGGCUGCCGCGUCUCACUCCCCGCCGCGGUGCGAGGGGCCCCGUGCCCCGCACCCUUCCACCCGUGUUUUGCUGUUUUUUGACUCUGGGCGUCCCAGGGGUGCAGCGGCCCCUCCGUGGGGCCCUGGUUUGCUUGCACCUCUUCAUCUGCUCACCGGCCGCGAGUGUGUCUUCUUCAGACAAACGUCUGAAGGUCAAGGCUCCCGUGAACCCGGCCGUCUUUGCGGCAGUGUGAGGCUCCCUCUUUAUUCUGGAUCUGGCCCCUUGUCGGAGGCGUGCUCUGCAGGCACUGCUCCCAUUGCUGGCAGCCUUUUCUCUCCGUGGCCGCCCGGCCGCCCAUCAGAGGCGUUGCAGACGCCCACCCUCGCCAGCGCAAAGACAAACGCCGGUGGCCGCGGACUCGCUAGCGGCCAGGAGCACCCCGGCUGGCGGGCACCACAGAGGCGCGGUCCUCCGGCGUCUAGAUCUGCCAUGUGGCGCGCGCCGGAAGCGGCCCUGAGGCCGGAAGUGGGCCUAGAGCGCCGCGGCCCCGAGAUGAAGCCGGCGGUAGACGAGAUGUUCCCCGAGGGCGCCGGGCCCUACGUGGACCUGGACGAGGCGGGAGGCAGCACCGGGCUCUUGAUGGACUUGGCAGCCAAUGAAAAGGCCGUUCAUGCAGACUUUUUUAAUGAUUUUGAAGAUCUUUUUGAUGAUGAUGACAUCCAGUGAGAUGCCCUCUGGCUGCAGGCGGGGCCAAGCCGUUGGUACAGAGCCGCAGUGUGAGCCUGCGCAGGACGGUUUCAGGUGGUUUGAAAGAACACGUCGAAAUCCCUUGAAUUUAGGACCUGGUUAACCAAGAAAGAUAAGAAUGUUCUUAACGACCUAGAUGAGGCUGUUCAUCUCUGAACGUGAUCAGGUUUUGUCCUCACUCCAAUUAAAAGAAAGCAUUGUCACAUGCA